AUCCUAUUCUUACUACGUUGAGGUCUCCUAUGACCAGUCGAAGUGGCACAGAGUUAUUGACUACCGCGCUUUUCUCUGUCGUUCCUGGCAAACACUUCACUUUAGUUCACGUGUCAUUCGUCAUAUUCGUAUUGUUGGCACGCGUAAUACUUUCAACCGAUUAUUUAAUCUUGUCACUUUCCAAUGCUAUUAUACGGACGCUAUAUUCACCCCACUCAACGGCUUCAUGGUAA